CAUUUGAAAUUCAUUUGAAAUUCUUUCAAAUUCUUUAAACUUGUUUAAACCAUCUGAUAAGUGUGGGACGUGUCCGAGCCCAAAUUGAUAAAAAUAUCAAAAGUGACUUAAACCUUCAUGACGUAAUUAGCCUAAUUAGACCAUAGAUCCCUACUUAACAUACCCAUUACAGCAUAUUAUGACAGAAGAGAAUAAGAAGGAGUAUACCUCCGUGCCGCAGCACGUAAGUGCCGACUCAGAAAAUGUCGAAGCCAUAGAUAUAGACCUUAAUGAAGACAGUUUUGAAGUACGAACUAUUGAAUCAUUAGAUUAUGAAAUUGACAUUCCUGGAACUCAACCACCACCAGAAACUGGAACUUCAAGUAUGCAAAUGGCAUUUCUUAAUAUGGCCAAUUCAAUUCUUGGAGCUGGGAUUAUAGGACAACCAUUUGCAUUUAGAAAUAGUGGAUUAAUAGGAGGGAUUAUUGUUAUGAUAUUAUUAACCAUAUUAAUUGAUUGGACUUUAAGACUUAUAGUUAUAAAUUCUCAUUUAUCACAAACUAAAUCUUAUCAAGAUACUGUAAAUUAUUGUUAUGGUAAAUAUGGUAAAAUAUUACUUUUAUUUGCUAUUAGUUCAUUUGCUUAUGGAGGAUGUAUGGCAUUCUGUGUAAUUAUUGGUGAUACAAUUCCUCAUGUUCUAAAGGCAUUUAUACCUAAUUCAAUUACUAAUUCAGAUUCCACCUUUGGUUGGUUAUUUAAACGAAAUAUUAUUAUUAUAUUAUUUACUUCAUGUAUUUCAUAUCCUUUAUCAUUAAAUAGAGAUAUAUCUAAAUUAGCUAAAGCUAGUGGAUUUGCAUUAUUUGGUAUGUUAAUAAUUGUUAUAUUAACUAUUGUUAGAGCUCCAUUUGUUACUAAAGAUUUAAAAGCUCCAUUAACUAAACUUGAAUGGACAGUUAAUAAAAAUAUAUUUCAAGGUAUAUCAGUUAUAUCUUUUGCAUUAGUUUGUCAUCAUAAUACUAUACUUAUUUAUCAAUCAAUGAAGAAUGCUUCAUUAAGUAAAUUCUCCAAAUUAACUCAUAUUUCUUGUAUAGUAUCAAUGAUAUGUUGUUUAGUUAUGGGAAUUAAUGGUCUAUUAAAUUUUGGUGAUGCCACUAAGGGGAAUCUAUUAAAUAAUUUUAAAAGUGAUGAUAAUUGGAUUAAUGUAGCAAGAUUCUGUUUUGGAUUAAAUAUGUUAACUACUUUCCCAUUAGAAAUCUUUGUGGUAAGAGAUGUACUUAAAGAUAUUAUAUUAGUUAGUGAAGAUGGGAAUAGUGUAGCCGAUCUUGAAUUAAAUUCAAAACAACAUAUUAUCAUUACAACUAUUUUGGUAUUUUCUUCAAUGUCAGUAUCUUUAUUUACAUGUAAUUUAGGAAUAAUUUUAGAAUUAAUUGGAGCUACUUCGGCUUCAUUAAUGGCUUAUAUUAUUCCUCCAUUAUGUUAUUUAAAAUUAUCAUGGGAUCAAACGGAUUAUAAGAGUAGUCAUGGAUCGGAAAGGAGAAGCUUUAUUAUAUGGAAAGCUUUACCCAGUAUUGCAUGUGUAGUAUUUGGAUUUGCCGUUAUGUUUAUUAGUUCAUUUAUGAGUAUCACCCAGGCGGUGAACGGAGGAGCUGCAGGUCAUUGUGUAGACGAUUAGUCAUUACUACUAACAUAUAUUCUAAUAUAUAGACAAUACUAACAUAUAUUCUGUACUAAC